AUGGUUUCCUCCCAAUUAACCGCUUUAAUGAAGAACGAAUCUUGCAAAUCCUCCAAGGACCAUCUGAAUGUUAUCAUUCCCCCAGAUCAUCUUGAAUUGGACUUUUCCGACGUUUUCGGUCCUCUAAACGAGUCUGGUUGUCAGGAUUCUGAUAAUGCGGAGGUUAUUUACAGCCGAUCGCAUUCUUUGGUGGGUCCCUCUCCACGUGUGAGCCAAUCAUCGGGUUUGAGUAAGUUAACCAUAUGUGAAGAGGAGGAUUUCUCUGAGGAACCUUUGGUUGAUGAGGAGUGUGUGAAGGUCGAAAGGGUCGGCAUUGAAGAUUUUGAGAUCAUGAGGGUUGUCGGGAAAGGAGCGUUUGGUAAGGUUUAUCAGGUGAGAAAGAGAGAGACAUCGGAUAUAUAUGCAAUGAAGGUUGUGCGAAAAGAUAGGAUCUUGGAGAAGAAUCAUGCCGAAUAUAUGAAAGCAGAACGCGAUAUAUUGACAAAGAUUGAUCACCCGUUUGUCGUCCAGCUUCGAUACUCUUUCCAAACUAAAUACAGACUUUACCUUGUGUUGGAUUUUGUCAAUGGAGGACACCUAUUUUUCCAGCUACACCGCCAUGGACUAUUUAGAGAGGAUUUAGCUCGUAUUUACGCUGCUGAGAUUGUUUCUGCGGUUUCUCAUCUACAUGCAAAUGGCAUAAUGCAUAGAGAUCUUAAACCUGAAAACAUUCUACUCGAUGCAGAUGGCCAUGCUUUGCUUACGGAUUUUGGGCUAGCGAAAGAAUUUGACGAGAAUGGAAGAUCGAAUUCGUUAUGUGGGACCGUAGAAUACAUGUCACCUGAAAUCAUUCUUGGGAAGGGCCAUGAUAAGGCUGCAGACUGGUGGAGUGUUGGAGUCUUGUUGUAUGAGAUGCUCACAGGACAGCCACCAUUCCGUGGAGGGAAUCGGGAAAAAAUCCAGCAAAAGAUAGUGAAGGAGAAAAUGAAGUUGCCUGCGUUUUUGUCAAGCGAAGCACAUUCGCUUCUCAAAGCGUUGCUACAAAAAGAUGCCAGCAAGCGGCUUGGCAGUGGCGCAACGGGAAGCGACGAAGUAAAACGGCAUAAGUGGUUCAAGCCGAUCAACUGGAAGAAACUGGAGGCUCGAGAAAUCCAGCCAAGUUUUCGGCCCGAAGUUGCCGGAAACCAUUGCGUGGCUAACUUUGACAAAUGCUGGACCGACAUGCCGCUAACGGACUCUCCGGCAUCGAGUCCUCAUGGAUCCACCGCCGUCUUCCAACGGUUCACAUACGUCAAACCGGCAGCCUAUUUUCUUGAGAGACAGAGUCCAGUGUGGUAG